AUGACACCGCCUCUAGCAACAACAGCAGAUCUGCCGUCAUCAUCCACAGCCCGAAGAUACAUCAGUCCUGAAAGCAACAUCCCACAUCCAAACCUUCCCGAAACAACAAACUUCAACACCCGUCAAGUUCCUGUGCCGUUUGAUGAUGCUGCAUUCACUAAUGCAGCAAUGCUGGAAUAUACGGAUUCGUUGAGUGAAUCAAUCGAGAUAGCCGUUGGGCAAACAUUUAAGGACAAGAGUUGGUGUCAGCAUAAAUCAUUGAGGAGGGUAUUAGCCAUUGACGGGACACACUUAAAGGGAAAAUACAAAGGUGUUUUAUUCAUCGCCACGGCCUUAGAUGGGGACAAUCAUAUAUUUCCAGUUGCGUUUGACAUCGGGGAAUCGGAGAACGGUAGCAGUUGGAAUUGGUUCCUUACUUACCUUGGCGAUGCGAUAGGGUCUCCGGAGGAUCUUGUGAUUAUAUCCGAUAGACAUAAAGGUUUACUGAAAGAGGUACCCCAUGUCUUCCCACGUGCAAUUCAUGGCUACUACGCAUAUCAUAUCUACAGAAACUUGGUGGACACCUUUAAAGACAAGUCAUUGGAGAUGUACUACUGGCGGGCAGUGAAGACAUGUAGGGUGGCUGAAUUCGAAAAAUUAAUGCAUGAUAUCGAAAUGGCCAACCCCAUAUAUGUCAAUGCCCUCUUCAAAGAAGCACGCGAAUACCCCGUUACGAAAUUGAUAGAAGGGGUUAGAUUGAAGAUACAGGAAUUAUUUUAUAAGAGAAGAGAAUCUGCGGCAUCGUUUAUAGGGCCAUUGACACCAUGGGCGGAGCAGCAGUUAAAGGAUCUUGUGCAGAAAGCGCGAGAUGUUCGCUGUCAUCCUAUUUCUCGAGACGAGUACUAUGCUGUGGGAGAUUAUAAUGAUACAGUCAAUCUCAGUAAGUUUUCGUGUACAUGUCGCGAGUUUAGCGUGAAGGGGUAUCCCUGUAUGCAUGUCUUGUCAGCAUGUAUAAACUACAAUCUCCCUCAUUACUCAUACUGUUCCCCAUUCUACACGGUGCAAAAUUACAAAGCCACGUAUAGCGAAUCGGUGUACCCAGUACGUGACAAGAGUGAGUGGGAAGAAAUUUCGGUGGGCUUCAAGGAGUAUUGUGCUCAAAUUAAACCUCCAGGACAAAGGAGGUCAGCUGGCAGACCCAAAAAGCUUAGAAUUCCAUCGCGUGGAGAAGAAUCGAAAACAACAAAGUGUGGGCGAUGCAAACAAACUGGGCAUAAUCGCCGAAGGUGCAAGUUUCCCAUAUCUGAAAAAUAA